UAACAAUUAACAAUAAUAUAUAAAGCCACCUGAUGCAAAUGUUAAUGGUAAUACUACAAUUUUUCUAGUUGUGGCUGCUUGUGUUACAACUUUGUUGGCUGUGUCGUACAUAUACACAGAUAUCUUAUUAUGUUAUGAAUAAAAACAACCAAUAUCCCAAUGUUCCACAAUAAUAAUUAAAAAUAUAAUUUGUAAUUUUGUUCUCAAAGAAAGAAGACUCUGUCCCUGUGUCUCUGUAUCUGUCUUUGUCUCUGUUCGUCUCGCUGAAGGAAUCGCUAAGGAUCACAUUCUUUGCAGGUUUAGUUUCUGCUUCUGGCCACCUCUCAAGUUCUCUGCUUUUUUUAGGGUUCCUUUGAUUCUGAAUUGGAUUGCAAUUGGGUGCCUCACUCUGCUUUGCUCCAUUGCUGCCACUCUAUCAGUUCAUGAGAAUAGCAGAACUUUUGACCUGACCAGUGAACUGCCAGGGCAAACGACAAGGUGUAGUAGGACAUGGGUUGCUUCGUGUCCACUCCAAAGGAUUCUGGUGGAAAUAGAAGGAGGCCAGGGAGUAUUGGGGAGGUUUCUGUGUAUGUUCCCGGUCUAAGAAUUCCUAAACCUGUUGAUUUUGCACAGUCACUUGGUGAUUACUUGUCCAAGAAUAUAGUGGAGCGCCUGUCUGCUCUUAGAACUCGUAUAGUUGUAAUGGCUGGCCAAGAAGGUCCUACAAUUACAAGAACAAAAAGGAAAAGUGCCACCCAACAUGGAGGUUCAACACUGGCUGAUCUUCAGCAGGCUCUUGAAGAUUACUUGCCAGUACUUUUGGGAUUAGUCGAAAAUGGAAGCCAUUUACAAUACAAAGUACAAUUUGAUUGGGUGAAUCAAGAGGAUGACACAGAGGAAACAACCAUGUCUAAUGCCUGGUAUGAAGUAUUGUCAGUUUUGCACUUGAUGGCAAUGCUAUUACUGUCACAGGCUAAUUUAUUACUUCUUCCCAGAACAUCCACUGAUAGUCAUCAGCCAAAAGUAUCAGAAGAAAGCAGACGAGCUUCUGUUGAUAUCUUCUUAAAGGCAGCUGGGUAUCUUGACUGUGCUGUAAGGCAUGUUCUUCCACAGUUGCCUGGCGAACUGAGGAGAAACUUACCAGUGGAUCUCACAGAAGGAGUUCUUCGAGCACUCUGUCUACAAGCAUUGGGACAGGGUGUAGAUAUUCAACUUGGAAUGGCAAUUGAUAGUACCAAAGCCACUCUUGCAGUGAAGCGUAGACUUGCAUGUGAGAUGGUGAAAUAUUGGCAACAGGCUCAAGAUAAUAUUAUGAACCUUCCAUUAGCAAAUGGAUGGGGUGAAAAACAUCGUCUUUUUGUGAAAUGGAAGUAUAUUGAAGCAAAGGCUGCAGCAUAUUAUUAUCACGGAUUGAUUCUUGAUGAGGGAAACACGGAGAAAUCUCAUGGGAUGGCUGUAGCUUCUUUACAAGCAGCUGAUGAGUAUUUCAAAGAAAGUAAGAAGUUGUGUGAAGCAUUCAAUGCAGUACCUCCAUUGUCAAGAAAUCCACCACUUUGGGGGACUAUGAAAUAUCUUUACGAGAAAAUUCCUAAGGAUACUUCAAGCAAGGUGCGAAUAAACCGUGAUCUGUACUCCUAUGAGAGAAUCAUGGAGACAGCACCAACAUUGCCUGAUUUUGCCUUGGCUUUGAAACCAGAUGAAUAUCAACUUCCGCAGAUGGAUCCCUCUUGGAGAACAGAAAAUGUGAAAGACGGGCAAAGUGGCACCACAAAUCAUAUCAAUGGAUGACAAACCAUAAAACCAUGUAAAUUUGCAGACCUCAAAGAUGUCGGCUUAUCAGAAAGAAGGAUUUCAGUCAACUUGAAGCUCAGAAGGGUGAUUUUUCAAUGCUUGUCAAUGGUAGAAAAUUAACUACUUUUGACUUUGUGUCUCCUUUUCCCUUUUUUUUCUUCAUAAAUUGAUUCCCUCCCAUCCUCCACAAUAUUUGAAAAAAGGCCAGCAAGUGGAAAUAGAGCUUCAAGUUGUGUUCAAUGUAAAUUUUCUACUUGGGGAAAAAAAAAAGGUUUCCUUGCCCAUACCCGAAUAAUAUGAUUAUUACUGUUUUAUUUCCGCAUAAAGCCAGUCAAAUCGUUGAUGAACCCUUUAGCUUAUAAAUUUAAAGUGCCUCGUUAUUUUCUUUGAAACUAUCAAGUGAAGUGAUGCUUGGAAAAUUGUACCAUUGCAGAUAAUUGUCUGGUUUCUUUCAAUUUAUUAGCUAAUUGGUUUGAGAUUAAUCAA